AUGGCUUCGGUUGAGGAGUUAGAUUCCAAUCUCAAACUCCUUACGCAUCAUUCAUCUGUGCUGAUCAAGGCUUGUCCACUAUCACCCCACUCUCGUACUCUUCCCAAGGCUCCUGCGAGCACUGAUACGACAGUCUCAUCACUCAUCGAGCCACAACCAUUGCUCGAUGAUGGUACACCCCCCACGAGUAAGGAGACUGCGACUGCAUCCUCAACACCGUCUCGUUCAUCAAAACGUCCAUUGCCACUUCAUCGAUUCUGUUCAUCUUCACCAACUGCCUCAUCGAACACUGCUGUCUUUGAUUAUAAUUAUGACGAUAAAACUCCACAAAUCAGUCCAACAGCACGCCUAGUUGGUGCAAUUCCACCAAAUACACCAACAACACCAGCCAAUUCACCAAUGUUCAGUAUGAUUAUUACGGCGAGUAGAUAUUUUGGAACGAUAUCGUUGAUAAGUUUGCCGUGUGAUUGUCGGCAUGUUGGCAUACCGGUUGAAAGAAUCGCUAAUUUAACGCAUGUGCUUUCAAAGGAUAUGAUAUUCAACACUGUUCUAGCAACAGGCAAUCUUCCUGGAGGACCGAAUGUGGUUGCAAUUGAUAAUAAAAUUGAGCAGGCUAUGGAUUUAGUCAAAACACAUUUAACAUUCGCUGUUCGUGAGGAGGUUGAAUUACUGCGUUCAACGAUUGUCGAACUGGAAGCGAAAGUUGCACAAUUGGAGAGUCAAAAUCAAGUUUUGAAGCAAUUUGCGCCUGCUGAAGUAGUAGCCAAUCUAGCGCUUCUUGUGCAGAAUGCACAGCAGCAGAAGCAAUUACAACAGCUCCAGCAACAAGCUCAAAUUGUCACUCUACCACCUGUUUCGGGUACAUCUCUAGUGCCACCGGUCAUAUCUAGUGCGCAGUUAGGGCAAGUGGCAUCCGAUGAACUGCAAUCGUCAGUUGGUGUUAUACCUGUGCCUAACACCUCGACUGCAACUGAUUCGAAUUCUAACCAAAUCACGUCAACUUCUAUGCCGAGUGCUACUGAUAUCACCACUACAAGCCAGUUGUCUUCAACACUCAAUUCAAUGGCUGUCAAUUUAAGCAGUUCUACGAGCAGUACGAAUACUGCUGCGAAGUAA